UUCAGUAUCCUAAUUCCCUAGUUCUCUCCUGUCAAUAGAGGGUAAUUUUUUCUUCAGAGUUCAGCCCAAUAGUUACUAAAGCAGCAGAUUAUCAUUACACAAUUUUAUUGUUUGCAGCAAAAUCAUCAAGUGUACUAUCAGAGUUUUCGCACGAAAGGACAAUGGUUUACCAAUCUGGGAUUUUGCAGCAUGCUAGAACUUGUUUUAGGAUUGGUUUGAGAAGAUGUCUUCUUCCUUGCAACUCUUGCUGAUUCUUUCCUGGCAGAUCUGGAUGAAUUGUCCGAUAAUGAAGCUGAUGUUGUUGGUUGGGAAUCUUGGAGGAGCAGAAGAAAAUUGAUGAGGAGAAUCUUGAUGCUGAUCAGAUGGAGGAAGAUGGAGACUUGGCAGACAUAGAAGCACUUAAUUAUGAUGAUCUAGAUAGUGUUUCCAAGCUGCAAAAAUCACAUCGCUACAUUGACAUAAUGCAGAAAGUUGAAGAUGCUCUUGAGAAGGAGUCUGAUAUCACGAAUAAAGGUGUUGUUCUCGAAGAUGAUCCGGAGUAUCAGUUGAUAGUAGACUGCAAUGCCUUAUCAGUUGACAUUGAGAAUGAAAUCGUUAUAAUCCACAAUUUCAUACGCGACAAGUAUCGACUGAAAUUUCCUGAGUUAGAGUCACUUGUUCAUCACCCAAUUGAUUAUGCUCGGGUUGUUAAAAAGAUUGGAAACGAAAUGGAUCUGACUCUUGUUGACUUGGAAGGUCUGCUACCCUCAGCUAUCAUCAUGGUUGUGUCAGUUACGGCAUCAACUACUAGUGGCAAGCCAUUGCCAGAAGAUGUUUUACAGAAGACAGUGGAAGCAUGUGAUAGAGCCCUUGACCUUGAUUCAGCAAAGAAAAAGGUUCUUGAUUUUGUUGAGAGUCGAAUGGGAUAUAUUGCUCCCAAUCUUUCUGCUGUAGUUGGGAGUGCAGUUGCUGCAAAACUUAUGGGUACUGCUGGUGGUCUCUCAUCGUUGGCAAAAAUGCCUGCUUGUAAUGUCCAGCUUCUUGGUGCCAAAAAGAAGAAUCUAGCAGGUUUCUCCACAGCAACCUCCCAAUUUCAUGUGGGUUAUAUUGAGCAAACAGAAUUAUUUCAGAGUACACCUCCUUCCUUAAGGAUGCGAGCCUGUAGACUGCUGGCAGCGAAAUCUACAUUAGCAGCACGUGUGGACUCGAUCAAUGGAGACCCGAUUGGAAAAACUGGAAGAUCUCUUAGGGAAGAGAUCCGUAAAAAGAUAGAUAAGUGGCAAGAGCCACCUCCUGCUAAGCAGCCAAAGCCUCUUCCAGUACCUGAUUCUGAGCCCAAGAAAAAGAGAGGUGGCCGUCGGCUGAGAAAGAUGAAAGAAAGAUAUGCUAUCACGGAUAUGCGGAAGCUAGCAAACAGGAUGCAGUUUGGAAUACCUGAAGAAAGCUCCUUAGGGGAUGGACUAGGGGAGGGCUAUGGCAUGCUUGGUCAAGCUGGAAGUGGCAAGUUGCGUGUAUCAGUCGGUCAGAGCAAGCUUGCUGCCAAAGUAGCGAAGAAAUUCAAGGAGAAGAAUUAUGGAAGCAGUGGUGCUACAUCAGGCUUGACUUCAAGUUUGGCCUUCACUCCUGUGCAAGGGAUCGAGCUGUCAAAUCCUCAGGCGCUUGCAAAUCAACUUGGCAGUGGAACUCAGAGCACCUAUUUCUCGGACACUGGAACGUUUUCUAAGAUUAAGAGAACAUGAAGUAAAUCUAGCGCUGCCAAUGUCCAGUUUUCUUUCCCGUUCAGUACAGUAAGGCUUUGUACCGAAAAUGCAACCUUUUGUUUUUCUUCAUUGUGUUUUUGAUCGAAGAAACACUAUGUAAACUGUUUGAUACAUCAGAUGUAGAAUAUAUGUACAUCAGAAUUAACUAGA